AUGCCAAAGAGGUUCUAUGACGACUACUCGGACAUGUACCUGAAGAACAGCAGUCUCCAAGGUCGCAAGCAGCACAUGAGUGGACGACGCCACAUCAACAACAAGAUCGAGUACUGGCAGAUGCUGAUCCGAGAGAAGGGCCUGACACCACCGAUCUAUCCUCCUCCUCCCGGAAUGGUCUUGCCGAUGCCAAAGCUGGCGGCAGCAAAUCCAACGGCCCCCGCACUGGCCAAGCUCGGUGGGGUGCCUGGCAUGGCCGGUAUGAUGGGUGGAUUGCCCCUCGGUCGCUUUGGAAAGCAUUUUUGUGAAAUGAAAACAUGGUACUCGGGUGUUUAA